CAGGACUCUUUGAAUGCUCAAACAGACAUGGCAAUACCUCCCGUGCGCUGCCGUUUCUCACUCGACAAGUACAUCUCCUUCUAGAAUAAGGCGCUGUCUUCCCUUAGCCUUAGGCUUUGUCUUCCGCCUUUGCCAGCAUCUCGAGCUUCGCAAUAUCAGCUUUCAAACGAGCUAGGCUCGGCUACAGCUAGAGUGUUGCCCCUGUGUUGCUCUCUGUACAGGUGACAUUGAUCUGUCCAUUUCUAACCUCACCCAGCUGCGAAAGGCAAGCCGUCCUGAGCCCAGGACAAGCAGGCCUCGAAAAUCCUCUUGCCCUUCCUACUCUUCCAUGCCUUCGUGGUCAUUAUUGCAAGGCUGCAACAAUCCCCGCCUUUGCGCAUAGAUUACUCUUGUAUGAUGCUGCCAGCAGGGUCCAGCUGCUGAAAAGCUGAUGCAAUUCGAUAGGUGAAAAUUCCAUCAAAAACUCUAGAUUGCAUCCAAAGGCAGUGACCCUUGACUUAUCAGGAACAGCAAUGGAGCAGACGGCCGAAGAACGGAAGCAAGCUGCACUGCAGAUGUAUGAGGGGUACAAGAAACACUUUCCUGAGGUACCUGAGAUCAGCCCAGCCAACCUGCACGAGCUGCUGGAGAAACGAGAAGCGGGUGAUGCCAAGGUGGUGGUGGUGGACGUUAGAGGAGCGGACGAGCAGAGCGUAUCUAUGAUUCCGGAUGGGACGCUAAAGCAGGCUGACUUCGAGAAGAGGAAGUCCGCUUACCGAGACCAUCAAGUUGUCAGCUACUGCACAAUUGGGUACCGAAGCGGCAAGUAUGCGGAGAGCCUGCGAAAAGAAGGCUUCGAUGCGUCAAACUUGAUCGGGAGCAUCCUCAUGUGGACCCAUGCGGGUUAUCCUCUGGUGAGCUCAUACGACGAAGAGAAGGGGAGCGCCCCCGCUUCAGACGAGCCCAGCAGGACGCCACGUGUCCACACGUGCGGGAAGAAAUGGCGGCUCGCUGGCGACGGAUACGAGAUGGUUACGCCUGAACCCCAAGGGCUUCUGUCGAAAGUGAAGGCGGCGGUGAUAGAGCGUUUUGCUUGAAACGUCGACCUCCUCUGGCGACGUCAAAAAUGUCAAUUGGCUCCUUUCAAAAGCAGACAACCUUGUCGUUUCAGCAAUAAUCAGCUUUCUGUUGCCAAUAAUAAUGCCAAACCCGAGUUCCUUUGUAAAAUUUGCCUCAGUGGCUUGAAACGACUUGAAUAGCUUCUAGGCAUGAUGUUACAAUCUUCGACAAUCAGCUCUGAAUGUCGGUUCAGAAGGCGAAAAGUGGUGUGUCACGAGCUGAGUGUUACCUUGGAGCAGCGCAUUUGAAGUGCUAGCCCCCAAUCGAAGUCAACAAACACUGGAGGGCCUUGACAAACCCUCCAAGGAUUCGGCCCGGCCGGCUGCCCUUUGGAUAUCCCGGCGAGAGUUCUUCCGUGACAAAGCGUG